AUGGCAGUGUUCUCUGUGUUUGAGGUCUCCACAAUGGUUGAACUGUCUGCUGUCCCACACAAAGCAGAAGACAAUUUCUCCCAGAAGCUUCCAGUAGCGGAAUACACCAUCAUCUUCUCAGCACGGAGAGCUUGUGCAGAGAAGGAGAAGGGGGAUGGCAGGGGUCUUCUGCUGCCUGAUGCUGAUCCCACUGCUGUUGGUAUAAAAGAGACAUGCUUGGUGUGGUACAGCUCUGUCCGUGUCAGCAAAUACCAAGGACCAGUAGGAGUGAAUUUUCAGAGUGAAAUGGCAGGUGCUGAGAACCUGAUACACCGGCUGCAUUCAUUCAAGGGAGUAAUAUGUGGGAGGCUGUGGACUAUUUGCUUCCAACAUAGGAACAACACCGGGUCGGGAAUCUGCACUCCUGAGAGAAUGCUGGGAAUCUGUAGAGGGCGACGGAAAUUCCUGGCUGCCUCUCUGACCAUCCUUUUUGUCCCAGCCAUUACGUGGAUUUAUCUGUUUGCUGGGAGUUUUGAAGAUGGGAAGCCAGUGUCACUGUCUCCACUUGAAUCCCAGCCCCACAGUCCUCGGUACACGGCGUCGAGCCAGCGAGAGCGCGAGAGCUUGGAAGUCCGCAUGCGGGAGGUGGAGGAGGAGAACCGCGUGCUUCGCAAGCAGCUCAGCCUGGCACAGAGCCGCAGCCCUUCGCACCACCGCGGCAAUCACUCCAAAACCUACUCCAUGGAAGAGGGGACAGGCGACAGCGAGAGCCUGCGGGCUGGCAUUGUGGCAGGGAACAGCUCUGAGUGUGGACAGCAACCGGCAGUGGAAAAAUGUGAGACCAUCCACGUUGCCAUUGUUUGUGCAGGGUACAAUGCCAGUCGGGAUGUUGUCACGCUUGUCAAGUCUGUCUUAUUUCACAGGCGAAACCCACUCCACUUCCACCUCAUCGCAGACGCAAUUGCCAAACAGAUCCUGGCGACUCUGUUCCAGACAUGGAUGGUCCCUGCUGUGCGCAUAGACUUUUAUGAUGCAGAUGAGCUCAAGUCGGAAGUGUCUUGGAUUCCCAACAAACACUACUCUGGGAUUUACGGGCUGAUGAAGUUGGUUCUGACUAAGACUCUACCUUCCAAUCUUGAGCGAGUCAUUGUCCUCGACACAGACAUAACAUUUGCCACUGACAUUGCUGAGCUAUGGGCCGUCUUUCACAAGUUCAAAG